AUGCCACGCUCAUCUGCUGCGGGUAGGAAGAACCAGAGCAAUCGACACGAGAAUGGCCUCGUCGGUCCCGGCAAGAAAGUAACAAAGCAAAAAUCAAGUAGCCAUCUCAACGGCUCGGCCACCAACGGGUCCGCUUCUGCGGCUGCCGCCGCGCCUGUCGACCUGUCCGUCCAUCGUUCUUCAAGUGACACCGCUGUCACCUCUCCAGUAGCCGGUGUCAAAGGUGUGGAUGGGGCGAAGGUUGAUGGCAAUGGCCGUGGGAUGGCGAAUGGGCAUAGCAAGGGUGUAGACAUGGCAGGUGGCCAGGCUAACGGUGCGGUGCCUCACAAUGGUGGCAUCGCAGGUGUAGCUUCUCGCAAUGGCACUGCCAAACGCUCAGGAUCCAAUGCUUCGAUAAAUCCGCUUCAACUCGCGUCUACAAUACUGAAAUCCUGUCCAAUGUACGACACUAUCGCCAUCUUGAUUUUUCUGUUACAACUCCCACCGAUGGUCCUCACGCUCGUUCAAUUCCUGUUCGCUUCCUUGACAUUCAUGCCUCCGAGUGGUGCCGCCGCCGGAUCUUUGUCCGCCAAUUUCGAUAUUUUCCAGGGUCCCGCCGGUACACCCUCAUUGGGGACGAUGAUGGCCAUGGAUACGUUCUGUCUUCUUGUCUGGGGUCUCUUUAUGUGGACAUGGGCACAGAAUUUUGCAAUUGAUCUAGCUCAUGUCCAAGUCGCCAUCACUCUUGGCGGCGGGGGAUCAGGGAAGAACGGCGGGGUCAAUUCUCUCUGUGUUGGAAUUGUUCUGCUUCUUCACAUAGUUCGCAGCAAAGGUAUUCAGGACUUUGUCCUGGGUCACCUCGUUUCCGCCCAAAUCAUCAGUCCAGAUCUUCUCUCUCAGUAUUCGAACCUCCUACCCGCCGAAUUCCGACGCUCCGAGUCAUCAACAUCUCCGAGUUGGCUCAGGAGUCUCCUCGCUGUACAUAUUUUAGCGCAAGCCGGAACCGCAAUGGCACGACGAUCUAUGGCAAAGAACCGAUCUCCCACACCUCCUCGGAGUGGGAAGCGUGGGGAUACGGAGGCUUCUGCUGGGUCUCAGGGUCAACCUGAUUCUGCUCUGGAGUCUGCCGCUAGUCUUUCAUCUUCUCUCGUGGGUAUUGAUGGACAGUUUGCCAAGGAUGGCAGAGAUCGGUUAACCUCAGCUAAGAAACGGAGGAGGCAAGCCAAUCAAGUCCGAAGUCGUCAACCGUUCUGGGCCGCUCUCGCCAGUACAAAGGUCACCGUUAUGCGAGAAUAUGAACAUUCACGAGCAUCUUCCAAAACCUCCCGCGGUCUCACAAUGACAGAGCAGGAUCUUCAAGGCAUUUCUCUCGAUGAUGGAUUGGUAUGGAUUACAGAUGUGGAUAGUUCUUCGAUCAAGUUUGCCGCCGGCGAUCUCAACGAUGAUUCAAUUGGAUCAAAUUCUUGCGAAGCCAGUCGCUUAGAAGGUGAUAUGGAGCCGUUCUAUGUUUGUGUGAAUGGGGCUCUUUGGGCUACAGCUACUCUCGUUCGGGUAUCGGAUUCCUCGAAGGGACCAAGUAUGGUUCAAUGGCGGGGUGAAAUCUCAGGGUUGGCUCCUAAUUGCGCUUAUACUUGCUCCUUUGUUCGUAGCGAUACCGACGAGGAGAUCUGCGCGAUGAGCGUCAAGACGCCUGCGACUGCCGAUGCAGAACAAGGUAAUUUCCACAUCAACACAGAAUCCUGGCUUGGCAUAAAUCUCACUGAUUCAUUAGCUGUUUCCGCGGUCCCGGCGCCUUUGCAACCCCUCUAUAGACCUUCCUCACCCACUACGACCCUGAAGAAUUCCAUCGUUAACGCGGAAGGCAAACUGAACGAAAAACGCUCCCGGUUGAAGAAAACGAAGAACGACCACAAGCUUCUUAUAUCGAAGAUCCGGAAGGAGCUGGACAACUUUAAUCAUCGCCUGCAAAGUGGAACCGACGAGAACAAACAAAAACAACGUUCGCUUCAAUUGGAGCGCAAUAUUCGACAGACGGAGGAAGCUACCGCAGCGUUGGAACAACAGCUGGACAAGUUGGAGAACGUCCCAGAGGAGGAAAUCGAGCAAUGGAAUGCACACAAAGCCGAAUUUGACCGAGAAUUGGAGCAAUUCAAUAUGGCUAAGGAAGAGCUUCAAGAAGCUCGCCUUGCCGCCGCUCAACAAGCGUCGGGACUGGAGCAAGAGCUAAAUAUGGUCAUUCAGAAACGCGAGCGACUGCAGGGUCGCCGUACCCGUGUCAACGAACAAUAUGACCGUAUCAUUUCUGCUAAUGCCCAGGGGUUGAACGAGCGCGAGCGGCGUGCGGCUGAACAAUUUGCGAGAGAGCAAGACCAAGCCAAGAUGGAGGCCAAUUUCCACGAGCAGUUUGCCAGCAUUAGCCAAUCUGUCCAAGACUUUCAACUGCGCACUAGUCAAUUGUGGCAGCAGGCAUCUACAAUCGAGCAAUCGAUCCAGCAGCAACAGCAGCAGAUGCUCAUUGAUUCUGGUCCUCUGACUCCUGAGGGCAAUCUGCCAGGGACCAACCCUAUGCCUGAGACCACUAUUGUCGCUCUUUGUUGGCACUCAGCUUUCCUCCGGCGAAGUCUCAGUCCUCUGCAGGCCUCUUCUUCUCCUGUUCACGCUACGUCUUCCUCUUCGUAUCCAACCAGCCCUGUGCAGGACGCAUUCAUGUCUCAAUUCCCUGCUUCGCCGUUUGGUAAUGGGAAUUCAUACUUCGCAUCUGACAUCAACCACCGUGAUCGCUCAUUCUCGAACCGCUCCACUCGCAGCAGCUUAUAUGAUUCGGAAUUAUUUGAUUCCAAUCGUUUACCGCCUCUCCAGAUUGAUUUAUCCGAUUUACUCUCUGAGAAGCCGCGCCCUGGAUCAGAUAGCAAUGGUUUUCUGUUCCAGAAUGGCCCGUCUAGGCUGAGUCCCUUUCAAAGAGCAACCAGUGGCGGUAGCGGAGCUGGCAGUGGCAGUGGUAGCGGUGGCAGCGGGAGUGGAAGUGGCAGUGGCAGUCCUAAGUCUGCACGCGAUUGA